AGGAGGAGGGCGGCCGCUAAUCCCCACCUGGGCCCUUGCAGGUCAUGGAGUCCGUGGUUAAAAACUGUGGCCAAACCGUCCACGACGAGGUAGCCAAUAAACAGACUAUGGAAGAACUGAAGGAAAUACUCAAGAGGCAAGUGGAGACUAGUGUCCGUAGUAAAAUCCUGUACCUCAUCCAGGCCUGGGCUCAUGCCUUCCGCAACGAGCCCAAGUACAAGGUGGUGCAGGACACCUAUCAGAUCAUGAAGGUGGAAGGCCACGUGUUCCCGGAGUUCAAGGAGAGCGAUGCCAUGUUCGCUGCAGAGAGGGCUCCGGACUGGGUGGAUGCGGAGGAGUGUCACAGAUGUCGAGUGCAGUUUGGCGUCAUGACGCGGAAGCAUCAUUGCCGGGCCUGUGGGCAGAUCUUCUGCGGCAAGUGCUCCUCCAAGUAUUCCACUAUUCCCAAGUUUGGGAUUGAGAAGGAAGUGAGAGUCUGCGAGCCCUGUUACGAGCACCUCAACAAGAAAGCCGAGGGCAAAGCUGCUGCCACCUCCGAGCUGCCCCCCGAGUACCUGACCAGCCCUCUUUCUCAGCAGUCCCAGCUGCCUCCGAAGCGGGAUGAGACGGCUCUGCAGGAGGAGGAGGAGCUCCAGCUGGCUAUCGCCUUGUCCCAGUCGGAGGCCGAGGAGAAGGAGAGAAUGAGGCAGAAAACAACCUACUCCAUGUACCCAAAGGCUGAGCCCCCGCCCGUGACCUCGUCGGCGCCGCCGGUCAGCACGCUGUACUCCCCGCCCGUGAAUUCAUCUGCGCCGCUGGCUGAGGACAUUGACCCUGAGCUGGCUCCCUACCUGAACCGCAACUACUGGGAAAAGAAGCAGGAGGAGGUUCGCAAGAGCCCCACGCCGUCGGCCCCGCUGUCCCUUACCGAGCCCGCGGCCCAGCCCGGGGAGGCCCACGCUGCCCCGCUCAGCGUGGUUGAGCAGCAGUACCAGAACGGCGAGUCCGAAGAGAACCACGAGCAGUUCCUGAAGGCCCUGCAGAACGCGGUCACCACCUUCGUCAACCGCAUGAAGAGCAACCACAUGCGCGGCCGCAGCAUCACCAACGACUCUGCAGUCCUCUCCCUCUUUCAGUCCAUUAACAACAUGCACCCCCAGCUGCUGGAGCUGCUCAACCAGCUGGACGAGCGCAGGCUGUACUACGAGGGCCUGCAGGACAAGCUGGCCCAAAUCCGGGACGCGCGGGGGGCUCUGAACGCGCUGCGCGAGGAGCACCGGGAGAAGCUGCGCCGUGCCGCAGAGGAGGCAGAGCGCCAGCGCCAGAUCCAGCUGGCCCAGAAGCUGGAGAUCAUGCGCCAGAAGAAGCAGGAGUACCUGGAGAUGCAGCGGCAGCUGGCCAUCCAGCGGCUGCAGGAGCAGGAGAAGGAGAGGCAGCUGCGCCUGGAGCAGCAGAAGCAGACCAUCCAGAUGCGCGCCCAGAUGCCAGCCUUCUCGCUGCCCUACGCCCAGCUCCAGGCGAUGCCGGCGGCCGGCGGGGUCAUCUACCAGCCCUCUGGGCCCACCAGCUUCCCCGGCACCUUCAGCCCCGCCGGCUCGGCGGAGGGCCCGCCCCUCCCGCCGGGCGCGGGCGGCGGGCAGGUGGCUCAGCAGGGGCAGGCGGUGCCCACCACCACCCCGGCCUACUCGUCCUACCAGCCCACCCCAACGCAGGGCUACCAG